UAUUAACCUAUAAAAGCUGCCUUUGCAACACAAACUCAACCACCGCACAAAAUGCUCAGAAUACGCACCUCCACAAUUGUUGCCGUCAUUUUCUUCUCCACAGUAUGCCUGGUGUCUGCCCAAGCGCCCUCCCGUGCACCGUCUUCAGGCAUGGAGCCAUCGCCCCUAUCGCCUUCAGCACCUACACCUUUCAUGCCUCUAGCACCUUCAGCACCUACACCUUUCAUGCCUCUAGGGCCGUCCUUGGGGCCGUCAUCACUUGACUGCAUGACGCCGCUGUUCAACAUGUCAGAUUGCUUGACUUAUGUAGAGGAAUCGAGUAACGUGACGGUGCCGGACAAGAAUUGCUGCCCGGAGCUAGCCGGUUUGAUCGAUGGAAGUCCUAUUUGUUUGUGUCAGCUGCUGAGUAAUACUAGCUUGACGGAGUCUUAUGGUAUCAAGAUCGACAUCAAUAGAGCUCUUAAACUUCCUUCUGUCUGUCGUAUUAGCACUCCUCCGGUUAGCACGUGCGCAGCCUUGGGAUACCCAGUGCCAGGUCCUGGAUCAGGCCCAACACCCAGCAAAGGGGAUAUCGCACCAGGUGUUAUGUCACCGUCAGGUUUAGCAAGCAGUCCAUCAGCCGGAGUUAAUGGAGCUUCAAACAUUGCAGGCUCUUCUCAAGCAUUUAUUAUUGGCUUAGCAUUCUCAUUUCUUCUAACAUUAUUCUGAGGAAAUUUCUGGGUAUUUGUGAUAUUUUCAGAGAUGUUUGUAGUUUGAUUGUUCAAAUGUUGUAAUCAGAUAUGUACACUAUUUAUGGAACCCACCAAUAAUUUUAAACAUUUAUGUUGGAGUUUUUUUAUUUAA